CACACAUGCCUACAUUACACAUUUUUAGCUUUGUGUAUGGUGUGAUAGAACCCUCAAUCUGUGGGAAUUAGUAUAAAAGUUGGUUUUCGUACAAGCUCAAUUUUGUUGGAGUUAGUUUAGGACGAUUUAUUUUUAACUGGAAUGAAAGCUUAACUUACAUAAACUAGCCUAGGCUAGUCAUUGGAAGGAGGUAUAGCCUAGGCCUCCUAGGCAUCAAAUCAAAGCAAAGGCUUUAACCGGGAGACGGUCACGCAUACCACUGGCACUAAGCAUAAAUAAGGACCUGGGCCUAGAACAAUCGAUCGAGAAACCAGGCUUAACUACAAUGUUAUAAGAACGUUUUGUGUUUGCUGGGUACCUCCUUGAUUCGGUUUGCUUCCUGAGCUCUGAUUGCGCAUUUUUUUACUUCGCAAAAAGUAGAAACAAGUUUGAACUGUUGAUUUUUCUGAAGCGAUAAACUGCGAUAGAAACGUGAUUGCACAUGAACCGACUCGAUUCAUGCAAAUAAGUUCACCUAGUCCCUAGUUGAAACCAGCUUUUAAAGUGGAACAUUACAGGAAAGGAGAGGUAGUCCAAGUGGAUGUGGAUUUAUCCAUUCUAUUUGGUGACAUUAUUAGAAAUGAUGCAGUUUCAAUGAGGAUCAAGAAUGGUAGCAGAGUCCGCAAUUUGAUAGGAUUUGCAGUGAAACGCCUUAAGGAAGAUGGCACUCGGCAGAUGACUUUUUCUGGAACUGGACUGGCAGUCAGCAAGACAAUCACUUGUGCAGAAAUUAUGAAAAGGAAGGUUAAGAAUUUACACCAGAUAACUAAACUAUUUAGAAAAGAAACUGAAGAAUAUUGGGAACCAAUCGAAGAAGGUUUAGACAGAUUAAAGGUAACCAGAAGUGUACCAAGCAUAUGUAUUCUACUAUCAAAGGAUCUAUUAGAUGCCUCACAACCAGGGUACCAAGCUCCAGGAAUAUUUGAUGCUUUAUGGUCCGAUUCAGUCAGUCAUGAAAGGAGGCGGAAACAACCUGUAAAGAAUCACAAGCGUCAUUUUCAGGACAAACAGAAAGUCACUCACAAAAAUGAAGAUAAAUCUGCUUCCUCUGUAAAGAAAAAUCCACAGCAACCUAAAAGUAGUAAAUCCCAGCCAGGAAAUGAAAUGGUCCAGAAAACAAAAAAGAAAGAUGAAGCUAAGUCUAAACCAUUUCAGAAAGUAGGGGACAUGAAUGAAUCAAAUGGGAUUAAUGCACCAUCCUGACGUGUUGGUAUUUUCAGGCUGGUAAUAAUAUUUUAAACAAUUCACACAUGACAAUGCUAGGAGUGUGUUACCUUUUGUUGUCAGGGACGAGUGGUUGUCAAUUAGGCAGAUGAGACAGGAUCAUUGUGAUUCUUGAAACUCGUUCUCGUCAGCUUUGUAUCUAACAAGAAACUCAAAGAUUGUUGCAGACAGCAUGAUUGUUCUGGCACCAACCUGAUGCUUACAUUAGGCUGGGCCUGGCAACGAAAUAUUCUUUGCGGUGUAAUUUGAACAAUCAUUCGCCUGUAUGCAGCUCACAUGCUAAUGUAUAUGACUAUAAUAGCAAUACAAAAAUAGCCUCUCAGUGGGAGCAUGUGUCUACAGCUUGGCAUUUUUUGUUUUUUUAGUAAUUUCUAUGUGGAAACUCAAUUAUUAUAAAAUUACUUAUUGAAACCUGAGACAACUAUAGAAGGAGAUUGGAAACGACCCGAGAUUUCCUUUGUUCUUCCAUCCCGGCGAUUCGUUGUGUGUUGCAUGCUUUUGAUAUGCAAAUCCAAUCAACCAAACACUGUUGCUGCCAAUUGAAUGCUUACUGCGCAUGCUCAGUUCAUAAUCACUGAGCCAUGUAAAUGAAAACUUUUUCGCGGCCGAAACGGCCCUACGCCCCUAGGCCUAUAAUGGCUAGGCCACACUGUAGGCCUAAACUAGGGCAUAAUUUAAGGCAGUAUUUAUUAUCAUGUAAUCUAUAAAGAUAUUUAAUAUAGGUACAAACAGGUUUAGCUAAUCUUUUGGUAUAUUACCUGUCAAUGACUAAUAGUUCAUGAAUAUUAAAGAAAAGUGUAUUUUAAUAGCUGAUGUUUCCAACAUUCAAUUGCUCAAAAAGCAGUAAUUAAUACGAAAAUAUGUCAAUUGGACUGUAUGUACAUAUUCUCUGAUUUUCAACAUGACUUACUAGGUACACACAAAAAUACCAUUUCUGUUGUGGUAAAUGAUUUCAGAACAUAUAUGUGCUUAUAAAUGUGUGUAAACUGUACUAUGGAUUUAGUGUAUUUCAUCAAUUCACGCAUUUUACCGAGUGUCGGGACCCGGUUAGGCCUAGCCCUGGACGGCUGAGGGUAGGGGUUGCCGAAUUACAAGCCUAUUGUGGCCUUAUGUACGCAUACCAUAAAUUUCAGACAUUUAAACUGGAA